AGCAGCGAGGAUGAAUAUCCCGGUCUCAACUGGUUUAGACCGGUCUGCGGUUGGGAGGCAUGAGCUGCGAGCACCAGCACAUAAAACAUCCCACCUGCAGCACUGUGGUGCCAAUAGAAGCAGAAAUAAAACCAGACUCUCUCACUUCGUUUUUUUGACUCGGAAUACCGCUGUAAAUGAGACUGCGUGAGUCUGUGUGGUUAAUCUGCCGUUUCACUAGCACAGCUAACCCUCCAUUGACUUUGCCGUUAGCAUGCUAAGCUGCUAGCAGCCUGGAUGUAACAUCUAAUGAGAGGCGAGUUCCGUUGUGGAUGAAGAGAAGAAACACCAGGUUGUUGUUAAAGAGAAGGUAGUUUUUUAUCGCCGAUAUUCUACAAUCAUCCAACACACACACUUUUAUUUCCCCACUAGCGCCGCGUGUUAGCAACACUUAGCACAGCUAGCAUUAGCUCGUAGCUCCGAAUGAUGAGAGUAGAAUAUAAAGGUGUGCGAUGAGAUAACGGUGCACAUUUACUGCAUAGUUAAAGACUUGAUUCAUUAAGUCUUCCGCUGCUCAUAUUGGCGAAGCUGCACUUUCAAGACAAGCAGACCACACGAACCAGGGAGCCCUAUGCCAGCAGAAAUAACCAUGUUGGCAGAUCAUCCAGCCAGACAGCUGCUGGACUUCAGUCAGAAACUUGAUAUCAACCUGUUGGACAAUGUUGUUAAUUCCAUGUACCAUGACAUCGGAUCCCAGCAACGGGUGGCCCAAGAAGUGCUCACAAGCCUCAAAGACCAUCCAGAUGCCUGGACAAGAGUUGACACCAUCUUGGAAUUCUCUCAGAACAUGACAACUAAGUAUUAUGCUCUGCAGAUUCUGGAAACGGUCAUCAAAACGCGUUGGAAGAUUCUUCCCAGAAAUCAGUGUGAAGGAAUCAAGAAGUAUGUUGUUGGGUUGAUCAUCAAAACCUCUUCUGAUCCAGUCAACAUAGAGAAAGAAGGGGUGUAUAUUUCAAAACUCAACAUGAUCCUUGUACAGAUCUUAAAACAAGAAUGGCCCAAACACUGGCCCACCUUCAUCAGCGAUAUUGUGGGUGCGAGUCGGACCAGCGAGAGCCUCUGUCAGAACAACAUGAUCAUCCUGAAGCUGCUCAGCGAGGAGGUCUUUGACUUCUCCAGUGGUCAGAUGACCCAAGUGAAGGCCAAGCACCUCAAAGACAGCAUGUGCAACGAGUUCUCCCAGAUAUUCCAGCUGUGCCAGUUUGUAAUGGAAAACUCCCAGAAUGCACCGCUGGUCCAUGCCACACUGGAAACUCUCCUACGUUUUCUGAAUUGGAUUCCUUUAGGUUACAUCUUUGAGACCAAACUCAUCAACAUGUUGAUCUACAAGUUUUUGAAUGUGCCCAUGUUUCGCAAUGUGACACUGAAAUGUCUGACGGAGGUUGCUGGCGUGAGCGUCAACCAGUACGAAGAGCAGUUUGUCAACCUGUUCACGCUCACUAUGGGCCAACUUAAACAGAUGCUGCCUUUGAACACCAACAUCAGGAUGGCUUAUUCCAAUGGGAAGGAUGAUGAGCAGAAUUUCAUCCAGAACCUGAGCUUGUUCCUCUGCACCUUCCUAAAAGAACAUGGCCAGAUCAUUGAGAAAAGACCCAACCUGCGUGACAGCCUCAUGGAGGCCCUGCACUACAUGCUGUUGGUGUCAGAGGUGGAGGAGACAGAAAUCUUUAAGAUCUGCCUGGAGUACUGGAACCACUUGGCAGCUGAGCUGUACAGAGAGAGUCCCUUCUCAACAUCCAGCAGCCCGCUGCUGUCUGACGUCCCGCCCCGCAGACACCUCUACCUGCCUGUGCUCUCCCAGGUGCGUUUGCUGAUGGUCAGUCGUAUGGCCAAACCGGAGGAAGUGCUGGUGGUGGAGAACGACCAGGGCGAGGUGGUCAGAGAGUUCAUGAAGGACACAGAUGCCAUCAACCUUUACAAGAACAUGAGGGAGACGCUUGUCUACCUGACACAUCUGGACUACGCAGACACUGAACACAUCAUGACAGAGAAGCUCCACAACCAAGUGAACGGCACCGAGUGGUCGUGGAAAAACCUGAACAUGCUCUGCUGGGCCAUCGGCUCCAUCAGUGGAGCAAUGCACGAGGAGGAUGAAAAGAGGUUUCUGGUCACCGUCAUCAAGGACCUGCUUGGCUUAUGUGAGCAGAAAAGAGGGAAAGACAACAAGGCCAUCAUAGCAUCAAACAUCAUGUACAUUGUGGGCCAAUAUCCCCGUUUCCUGCGAGCCCACUGGAAGUUCCUUAAGACUGUUGUCAACAAGCUGUUUGAGUUUAUGCACGAGACCCACGAUGGCGUGCAGGACAUGGCGUGUGACACCUUCAUCAAGAUUGCCCAGAAGUGCAGACGUCAUUUUGUCCAGGUUCAGGUGGGAGAGGUGAUGCCCUUCAUUGAUGAGAUCCUCAACAACAUCAACACCAUCAUUUGUGACCUGCAGCCUCAGCAAGUCCACACAUUUUAUGAGGCCGUAGGUUACAUGAUCGGCGCUCAGACAGACCAGUCUGUUCAGGAUCUUUUGAUAGAAAAGUAUAUGCUGCUUCCCAAUCAGGUGUGGGACAGUAUAAUCCAACAGGCCACUAAGAAUGUGGACAUCCUGAAAGACGCUGAAACGGUGCGUCAGCUGGGCAGCAUCCUCAAGACAAACGUCAGAGCUUGUAAAGCUGUGGGUCAUCCCUUCGUUGUUCAGCUGGGCCGCAUCUACCUGGACAUGCUCAACGUCUACAAGUGUCUUAGUGAAAACAUCUCCUCGGCUGUCCAAACCAACGGUGAGAUGGUGACGAAGCAGCCUCUGAUCAGGAGUAUGAGGACUGUGAAGAGGGAGACGCUGAAGCUGAUCUCAGACUGGGUCAGUCGCUCAAACGACCCUCAGAUGGUGGCAGAGAACUUUGUGCCCCCUCUGCUGGAGGCCGUGCUCAUCGACUACCAGAGGAAUGUCCCAGCGGCCAGAGAGCCUGAGGUCCUCAGCACCAUGGCAACCAUUGUCAACAAGCUGGGGGUCCACAUUACCAGUGAAAUCCCAAAGAUCUUUGAUGCCGUCUUUGAGUGCACGUUGAACAUGAUCAACAAGGACUUUGAAGAAUUCCCAGAGCACAGAACCCAUUUCUUCUAUCUCCUCCAAGCUGCCACCUCCCAGUGCUUCCCAGCCUUCCUGUCCAUCUCUCCGGUCCAGUUUAAGCUGAUUCUGGACUCCAUCAUCUGGGCCUUCAAGCACACCAUGAGGAACGUGGCCGACACAGGUCUACAGAUCCUCUACACGCUCCUGCAGAAUGUGUCUGCAGAAGAAGCAGCUGCACAGAGCUUCUACCAGACGUACUUCUGUGACAUCCUGCAGCACAUCUUCUCUGUGGUCACGGAUACAUCACACACCGCAGGUCUGACCAUGCAUGCCACCAUCUUAGCGUACAUGUUUAACCUGGUGGAAGAGGGGAAAGUCAGCGUUGCUCUGAACUCUGCCAACCCCACCAACAACCAGACACAUGUCCAGGAGUACAUCGCUAACCUGCUGAAGAUGGCCUUCCCACACCUACAAGACGCCCAGGUGAAAGUGUUUGUAACGGGUCUGUUCAGCCUGAAUCAGGACAUCCCGGCCUUCAAGGAACACCUGAGGGACUUCCUCGUGCAGAUAAAGGAGUUUGCUGGCGAGGACACAACAGAUCUCUUCCUGGAGGAAAGAGAGGCAUCUCUUCGCCAAGCCCAGGAGGAGAAACACAAGCUCCAGAUGUCUGUGCCCGGCAUCCUGAACCCCCACGAGCUGCCCGAAGAGAUGUGUGACUGAAGCAACUUGCGUGUAACGAACAAUGCUAAAAGGGGAGUUGGUCUUGUUGAUAAAUUGUUUCCCUUGUACGUGUUUGUGUGGAAAAAACAAAAGAAUUUGGGGUUAAAGAAAUGACCCCAUGACUCGGUUGUUUGUUGACCAAAUUAAUGUCAAUAUGUAAAUGAGAAUCUUCCCCCUUGCUCUAUUCUUGAGUGCAUUCUUUUGUUAUCCAACUUAACCCAAGAAACUUAUUUUACACUUUUUUUGUGUGUAUUGCAAUAUGCCAUCUUUUGUUAAUGCUCUGCCAUUAAAGUUUUGUUUGUUCCCAUGUUAUUUUACACAUGUGUGAAGUUUAAAGAAUUAAAGGUUAUUUUUACUCCUUUGUCACCUCAGUUUAACUCCUAUCCUCCUUGUUAAUAUGUAAUAUAUAUAACUGGUUUCAGAGGUGCCUCGUGCACUGUACAGGAUGAAUGUGAGGCUCAAGGGGUAAUUCUGAACUUCCUUGCUUCUAGUGUUGUUUAGUUGUCUUUUUUUUUUUUUUUUUAACUCUGGCUCCCUGAAUGAGUCAGUGUUUCGGUUGGUCUGCAUUUGGAUGAAAAGGAAAAUCAUUCUGAUUGUAAAACUGAGUGCUCUGACAAUAUAAAGUUGGCUAUUUUU